CAGAUAGCUUUUGAACUGUUCGUCGCGUGUUGUUGACUUAAGGUUGACGGAGAUAAAAACAAACAACUUGGGUCACGCAUAACAAUAUAAUACUCCCAACAAAUGUAAUACAUAUUCUAGCGCUUUCCGCGGACAGAAUCACAUGAGUCAUUUUUAAAGUAUGUUCACAUACGGUGGUGCGUGUGAAAAUAAAAGUUUCUGAAUUCCUAUAACCGAUUUGGUAACAUCUGUAGGUUUUUCGCAAAGAUGGACGAGCCCAUGUUAUCGGAUUUGGAUAAAGCUCUGCAUGAGCUGGGAAUGCUAAGCACUGUUACAGAUAGUAGCAAAGAAUAUGCUAAGGAAAAGGCUCAGCGUCGUGAUUCGGCGAAUCGUCAAGCACUGAACGUUCUGCAUAUGAACACCCGAUACGUGACAGGUGUGAUAAUUGGUUCACGCAAAGGACCUAGUUUUCGGUACAAACCGUACCCAGUACCAAGUUUUGGACGUGAGGAAAGAGUUCGCACACGAAGUGAAAAUUCUGAUAGUGACCUCGAUCUUCUGCGUAGUACAACACCAAUUAUUAGUAGUACUGCGACGAUUAGCAGUAAUUUAUUUAAAUCUCGCUCCUUGGAAAGUUUGAAAGUUGCAGGGUCUGAUGAAGAUAUUGCUACUUCUGUACGAGAUUUAGAAUCAGUGUCAAAUAAAAUUCAGUACUUGCAAGUAACUGAAUAA